CUCCGCGGGACUCCCGGCGGGACUCGCCCCUCGCCCUGACCCCGGAGGAGACACCCGCGGGACCCCCUCCUGCGCCGUGGGGGGAGCCGGGGCGGCAAAUGGUGCCCGGGGCCGGGGUAAAAAGCAGCAACUGGAAAGGAAGCGGACGCUUUAAAAUUUGGUCAGUUCCCAAGAGCGAGCUCCGUGGAAAAACAGAGGGGUUUUAUUGCUGGAGGCUUUGCCGUAAUGGUUGCGGCAGCGACUGUGCGGGGUUUGUUCUGGAUUCGUCGUGAUAUCAAUUGUAAAACUGGCAGGUAUGGCCUCACAAGUCUUGGUCUAUCCACCAUAUGUUUAUCAAACCCAGUCAAGUGCCUUUUGUAGUGUGAAGAAACUCAAACUAGAACCAAGCAGCUGCGUGUACCACGAGAGAACCUACCCGCAAAUCUACGUGAAUGGUAAAAACUUUGGAAUUUCUCCCCACAGGGUUAGCGCUUUCUUUCAGACUAAAAACCCGUUUGAUAGACCUCGAGGACGGAACUUUUGGUUGCAGUCAAAUGCUGUUGCUUUAAAAAAUACUGCAGGUGCUACAAAAGCGUUGGCAGCGUGGGUGCAGCAGCCUCAGCUGGAGGCGCCUCGGACCGGGACGCAGGGAAGCCGGUCGGAUCUCCUGGAAGGACCCCAGCGAUGUGGACUGAAGCGUAAGAGCGAAGAGCUGGAUAAUCAGAACAGCGCGAUGCAGAUUGUCGACGAACUGUCCGUCCUGCCUGCCAUGCUGCAAACCAACGUGGGGAACCCGGUGGCGGUCGUGACGACGGCCGCCCCCGCGAAACCCAGCGGCACGAGCGGGGAUGGAGAUUACCAGUUAGUGCAGCACGAGGUGCUGUGCUCCGUGAAAAACACGUACGAGGUUCUGGAUUUCCUCGGGCGAGGGACCUUUGGACAAGUCGUGAAGUGCUGGAAAAGGGGGACGAACGAGAUCGUGGCGAUCAAGAUCUUGAAGAACCAUCCUUCGUACGCGCGCCAAGGGCAGAUAGAAGUGAGCAUCUUAGCGAGGCUGAGCACUGAAAACGCCGACGAAUUUAACUUCGUGAGAGCCUACGAGUGCUUUCAGCAUCGUAACCACACUUGUCUGGUUUUUGAGAUGCUGGAGCAGAAUUUGUACGACUUCCUGAAGCAAAACAAAUUCAGCCCCCUGCAGCUCAAAGUAAUACGGCCUAUUCUGCAACAGGUGGCCACUGCACUGAAAAAACUGAAAAGUCUGGGUUUAAUCCAUGCUGACCUCAAACCAGAGAACAUUAUGUUGGUGGAUCCUGUCCGGCAGCCUUACCGGGUCAAAGUCAUAGACUUUGGGUCUGCCAGCCAUGUAUCAAAGACUAUUUGUUCCACUUAUUUACAAUCUCGGUAUUACAGAGCACCAGAGAUCAUACUGGGAUUGCCGUUUUGUGAAGCCAUAGACAUGUGGUCGUUAGGGUGUGUGAUUGCAGAGCUGUUCCUUGGAUGGCCACUGUACCCGGGAGCACUGGAAUAUGACCAGAUUCGUUACAUUUCACAGACUCAAGGUUUGCCAGGAGAGCAGUUGUUAAGCAUGGGAACAAAAACUGCAAGAUUUUUCUGUAGAGAAACGGAUGCACCAUAUUCUAGUUGGAGAUUAAAGACAUUGGAAGAACACGAGGCAGAAACAGGUAUGAAGUCUAAAGAGGCCAGAAAGUAUAUUUUCAACAGUUUGGAUGAUAUAGUGCACGUGAACAUGGUGAUGGAUUUGGAAGGAAGUGACCUGUUGGCAGAGAAGGCAGAUAGGAGGGAGUUCGUCAGUCUGUUGAAGAAAAUGUUGCUUAUCGAUGCUGAUCUAAGAAUCACUCCAGCUGAGACCCUGAACCAUUCUUUUGUUACCAUGAAGCACCUCCUCGAUUUUCCUCAUAGCAACCAAGUGAAGUCCUGUUUUCAUAUCAUGGAUAUUUGCAAAUGCAGAUCAAAUCUGUAUGACUUAAGCAAUCGCAAUAAAACAUCACUUAUGAGAUCAGUUGCCUCAGGCAGUGCAGCCAACCUGACUGCGAGCUUUACCAAAAUUGGUCCAGUAAGAAGUCAGGCAUUAACUGCAUCUGCCCAUUCAGUUUUGCACCAAGGGAUACCCCUGCAGGCAGGAACUGCUCAGUUUGGUUGCAGUGAUGUUUUCCAACAGGCAUUGAUUAUAUGUCCUCCAGCUAUUCAAGGAAUUCCUACAAACCACAGCAAACCCACCAGUUUCUCCCUGCGGGUGGAUAAUGCAGUUCCGUUGGUGACCCAAGCCCACGCAAUUCAGCCACUACAGAUUCGAGCCGGAAUCCUCUCUCAGACGUGGUCAAAUCAGACUCAGCAGAUCCUGGUUCCUGCAUGGCAGCAGGUGGCACCAGUGGCAGCUCCUGCAACAUCUCUGGCCUCUGAUCCUGUGGCUGGCCCACAGAGGCUUGGAGACUGGGGGAAGAUGAUUACCCAGGGCACUCAUUACAGCUCAGUGAUACCACAGCCUCUUUUAACACAUCAGAUAACCCUGUCUGCCCCUCAGCCAAUUAGUGUGGGCAUUGCACACGUCGUCUGGCCUCAGCCUGCAGCUACCAAGAGGAACAAACUGUGCCAGAACAGGAGCAACGUGCUACAAAACACCAACAUCCAAAAUUCAGCCUUCAUAUCUCCAAAGAUACUUAACCUGAAGGCUGUGAAGAGCAUAAGUUGUAUAGAAGCACAGGACAAUCUCAACUCAGAAGGGCAGCAAGGUACCUGCUGUGAAGCCUCGGUCAGGCUGGCCCCUGAUCCCUCCCUGCGAGCCGCCCAGCGCCAGGCCCUGUUCAUAUCCGGCUCCCCCAGCCCCGCCGUCAGCGUCAUCACCAUCAGCAGUGACACCGACGAGGACGACCUGGGACGGACACAUUCACUGAGGGAGUGUAAAGGUAGCCUGGAGUGCGAAGCCUGCCAGAACACCCUGAACAUCGACCGCGUGUGCUCCCUCAGCAGUCCCGACAGCACCCUGAGCACCAGCUCCUCCGAGCAGUCCAGUCCAUCUCCUUGCAAGAGGUCCAACAGCAUGUCAGAUGACGAACAGGAAAGUGGAUGUGAUACAGUGGAUGGUUCCCCAACUUCAGACUCUUCAGGACAUGACAGCCCGUUUGUGGAGAACGGCUUUGUAGCCAAUAAUAAUAAAAAUAAGGAAGCAAGAGCCUCGGUUAAUCCUGAAACCAAAUCAACUGUUUGCACAGUAGUGGUACCACCAAUGAGACUUGAAAACAGGUUACAUCUUGAUGAACAGAUAGUGAAUACAGAUGCUACGUGCCAGCCACUGAAAAAGGGUCGAUCUGUGCUGGGAAGAAUAAACCAGUCUUCUGCUGUAGGAAACCGUCAGCAAAAAUCAGCAUUCCAUCAGCAACACGUAAACUUCAGUCAGGUUCAGCACUUCGGCUCCGGGCCGCAGGAGUGGAACGGGAACUACGCUCAGCGGAGGCAGCAGGGCUACAUCCCGGCCAGCCACGCUUUCUCCCUGCCCCAGGGCAGCCCCAGCCACGCGGCCGUGCACGCCCAUCUCCCCGGCAGCGCCCACCUGGGCGCCCAGCCCGCCCUCCUGCCCUACCCGUCGCCGGCGCCCCUCGGCAGCGCCGCCGCGCCCGUCGCCCACCUGCUCGCCUCGCCCUGUGCCUCCAGACCUCUGCUGCAGCACCCCACCUACGGCAUCACCCACCCCAGCGGCAUCGUCCACCAGGUCCCGGUGGGCAUCAACCCCCGCCUCCUGCCUUCCCCCACCAUCCCUCAGACUCAGUACAAGCCGCUCUUCCCCCCGCACUCGUACAUCGCGGCGUCGCCCGCCUACGCAGGGUUCCCGCUGAGCCCCACGAAACUCAGCCAGUACCCCUUCAUGUGAGAGCUCAAGGCGCGGUGCACGGAGGAGGCUCGAUGAUACGGAAGUUUCGAGUUGAGAAGAAAAACAUGGUAUUUAUUAUAAAUAUUAGCCAUGGCACAACGAGGAAAAUUAUUUUUUUGAAUCAUGUAGACUUGGGUGCAAUUUAAACAACUCUCUGAGCUUUAAGAAAAAAAAACAAACAAACAAAAACAAACUCACUUUUAAUGUGUUUUGCACAUUUGGUAUAACUUGUCUUUGGUUCAUGUUACCUUCUUAUAUAGUAACUUUAGACAGGUGACUUAUGGGAGCAGAAAUCUGGUUUUGCUCCUGCUAUUUUUUAUAAAAUUGCCUUCUAACUAGUGCAAGACACGUCUACAUUUGGGAAGCCAUUCAGUGUACAGAACUCUAGAGCAACAGAUGCACAUGUGUCAGCAGUACAGUGUAGGAGUAACUUGUUUGUAUUGCGUAUCUUGGUGUUUAAAUGUUGAGUCACUUAUCUAAAAGUUGAGCUGUUGUUCUUCUUCACAUUGCAUGUGUCUUUUGCAUGGGCGAAGGAAAAAAAAAAAAAAAGCCUAAACAUUGCUCUUAAAUGUUGUUGUCCUAAUAAUCUCAGCUGCAUUGUAAACUGUUCCCACACAUAGUGCCUUAAAUAUUUGAGGUUGUUAAUGUUAUUACUUAUAUAUAAAUGUUGAGGACUGCAGCACUUAAAACUUCAGAUCUGCUGAUUUUUUGGUAGCGUAAUGCUCAUUUUGGGUUUUGUGUGGUAUGAUUUUAGUAUUGGGUGUGUUUUCCUUACCGAGAGGGCAGCAUGUUUUGCUGUAGCUGAAUUUUGCUGUCUUUGUUUUUCCCCCCCAGAAUGAUCUAGCUUCAAGACAAGACUUUAGUAGUGCUUAAGAGAAGUUGAUUCAGUAGCUGUUGAGUAGUGACACACAAGACAGUAUUUCAUACUGGUAAAUGGAACUGCAAUACGACCUAAGUAGUUUAUUUUAAAAGUGUUUGUCUAAUUGGGUAAAAUAAAAUGUUUUAGAGGUGCAGUAGGCAUGACUGACUAGCUAAUGAGAGGAAAAGCCCAAGUGCUCAUUGAUCCAUGAUGUGGUUUCAUCUUAGCUUGAGCAAACCAUGCAGUAUUUAAUAACUAGUAGCAGAAUAUUUACUAUUGAAGCUUGAAAAGAUGUGAGUUCUUUGUGUGCAAUCUUUCAUUUAUGCAUGGGAGAGAUUUUAGCCUUUUUUUUAUUAUUAUUUUUUUAAUGAUAGUAUUUGUUUUAGCCUGUUGCGGGUGUUUGCUUAUUUAAUACAUUCCGUCAGGGACGUAAAUUACAUGCUUUCUGCAUUAAUUUUUUUCUUUUUUUUUUUUUUUUUUUUUCUUCUCCUUAGGAAGUGUGUCUUUUUGGUUUUAUUUUUUUUUGUUGUUUUGUUUUGUUUUGUUUUGUUCAAAUGAAGUUGCUUUUUUGCGGCACCAAAGACUUAAUCAUCCAUUUCCUAUAAAAGGUAGCUACUUUUUCAUAGACCUCAAGUAAACUGUAGUGUAGAGAUGGGAUUUACGGAAGGUAUUAAGCUGAGGCCGUGUUUUAGCUUAUGGGCAAGUAAUAAAUUGUAUCAUUUAUCUUGAAUGUAUCAUAGAUAAGCUGCUAUAUAAACGAUUGCCACUUCAGAUAGCUGUGAAAUUAGAUGAUUAACUAGUUCUUUCUUAGCCUUCUAAUUUCUGUACAAGUCUAAUUACAUGAAAUAGAAGCCGGGUUUGGGGUUUGGUUUUUCUUUUUGGUUUUUUUUUUUUUAAUUUUUAAAUUUUUAUUUUGUUUUCAUGUUUGAAGUGUCGUAACUACUAUACUGUAAAUGAUGGAAGAUGAUUGCAUAUGUUUUUUUGGGGUGUGUUAUUUGCAUCAGUAUUUUAUCUCCAUUAACUUUGAGCUCAUCACUGCAUAUAAGUGGAUGUAUUGAUGUAACUUAAUUUUUUUAUGUUUUCAUAUUGGCAUUGUGUAGACACUUAAGAAGCUGCAUCUUGCAGGCUUGACUUAACUUUUUUUAAAACAAAAUCUGGAAUACAAUCCUUGCAAUGUUGACUGGAAUAAGAGUGCAAAGCAUUUGAGUUUAACUCUGUCAAUAAGCUAAUAACUGGUAAUCUUUUUCUUUACUCCACUAACACAAGCAGUGUUUUAUUUAAUGAAUGUCUGAAUGAAAUAAAUGUGCCUACAUUUGAUUUAUUUUUUAAGUAAUAACUAAAAUACAACAGUAUUAGAUCAUUAUAAAAAAAAAAAAAAGAAAAUACCAGCAAGUACGUUUUUAAUCACACUGAAAAUUAAGAAACCUAACUUUUCCCACAAGUUUCAGUGUUUUUAGCAAUCAACUCUAUGCAUUUUGUACGAGUGUGUGUGUAUAAAGUAUACAUUAGAAACUAGGGAGUGUCCUGAUGAAUUUGAAAUCUUAUCAGCGCAUCUGUAAAACCUAAACAUAGGGAGCCGAGGCAGUGCUCAAAUUGGACGUCCACCUUACCCCUUCAAGCUCGUGCUGUGUGGUCCAGCAGACAGUUUUCUGUUCACUCCCUUGUGUUGGGAAGCGACUUUGUUUUUUUUGGUGCUCCCUCCAUUGCAGGCAAUGGACACACCAAGAACCACCAGUGCAGACGGAGAACGUGAGUUUUGUAUCGCGAUGACAAAAAAAUAAACAAACAAACACAAAAACACAACAAAAAACUGCAAUUUUUUUUUUUUUUCUUGCUGGGGCCAUGGGGAUCAUCGUUGGUCUGAUGUAUUUACUGUACUUUCUUUUUACUGUGCUUUAAGGUUUUAAGCUGAUGUGCUUGUUAAAUUGACACGAUUAUCUGUAUAUCUCACAACCGUAUCCUGUCGUGCGCAGGAAGAAGUUGCUGUAAAUGCGCCCCAAAUUAGAUCUGCUGCUCUUUCUGUGUAUUGUCAUUUUAGAAACGUCUGCAUUUCAAAGAAGGAAAUAUUUGGGUUCCUGCCACAGCUUAAAUUCAAUAUACCAGGUAACUUUUCCCCCCUCCUGCAAUACCCACUGAGAGAACGGGCUCUUGUCGCUGCAAGUGUCCGUGGCCCAUCUGCAGGAAAAAAAAAAAAAAACAAAAACAAAACCAAAAAACUUUCAGGGUGAGGGCCUUUUCUGUGAAAAAAGUCGUCCUCUGAGAAGCAUUUAUACAUUAUACUGUUUAAAUGCCUUUUUUAAAUAAAACACUGCAUGACUACGGAAUUGCAUAUCUGCAUAUUACUUUAAUUUGCAAGAUUUUAUAUGAAUUUCUUGUGUUCGGUUUUUAACUUUACUUCAGGGUGUUUUAUUGGUCAAAUAUGCUACUGUAUUAACUUUUUUUUGGGGGGGGGGUUAAUUUUUAAAUUUUCUGUUUUUACUGCUAACUAACUUGGUUUGUGUUAAGUAAAAGUUAAAUCACACUGCAAGCUGUAGGAAGACUUGUUCUAGAAACACCCAGUGAUAGAGACUUGAUUAACUAAGGUUGAACUGUUACUGUUUAACAAUUUGUAGACUUGUGGCUUUUUUGGUUUUUUUUGGUUUUUUUGUUUUUUUUUGCUUUGGAUUUCUAUGCUACACUAGUUCGCCAUGUAGCAAUUGCACUGUGCAAUAUUACAAUAUGAGGACUGGGAAAAUUUUUUAUGGAUGUAAUGUCUCUUACAGUUUGCGAUAGUAUUUCUUUCUAGUUCUCAGUGAUUUAAAUGUGACCAAGCCUUCUGUACUUUGUCACAAAAAGCGGGUUUUCCAGGUGACUAUUUUGGUGAGUGUCAAAAUAAGAAUUUAUGGUGUAUUACUGUCAAGAUUCACUUUGAAUUAAAAUAUAUAUUGCAGCAGA